AUGCUCCGACGGCCGCCUGCUGACGGUAUUGCCAAUGCUUCUUCCAUUGUCCACCGUAACAGACCAUGGACCACGAACGUCUCUCGAACGCUCCCGCCGACUCGCAGCCUCUCACUCCUUUUAUCUGUACCGCCUAUCCUCGUUCCUCCGGUCGUACUCAUAGGAUUGACAAUUACACUCUGGCUAUAUAAAUGCGCUAUGAUGGUAAUUUUUCAAAACAAGAUAAUAUAUAUGCCGUCUAUGCCACCGUUCUCAAGGCAGGAGAGGAUAGCCAGCUAUGAGAAAGUUUGCUCGCCAAUAUUUUGGGAGGAACAAAGGAUAAAGUCUCUGGACGGAGUGGAGAUUGCCUUAUGUGUUGGACGGAACGUGGCGAAAACAGACGAGAGGGAAGUAAAGAAGAUGGAAGGACGCGAGGGAGAGGUCGUGAUACUGUAUUUCCAGGGAAAUGGGUCAUCGAUCCCGCCUCGUUUACCUCAGCUAUCAGGCGUGUUAAAGGCGUUGGACGACAGAACAUACACCCUCAUUGCGGUCUCAUAUAGAGGAUUCUGGACUUCUCGUGGCCGGGCGUCCCAGCGUGGAAUUGAGCGUGAUGCCAUUGCGGCCCUAAAAUGGGCCCGGAAGACAUAUCCCGAUCUAAAUACCCAGCUUGUCUUCUGGGGCCAAAGCAUAGGAGCAGGGGUGGCCACUUUUCUUGCAGCAUCAGACCACCGACAACAUGACUGCGCGAGGCGGUCAGAACCACCAGCCUUGAUACUUGAGACACCAUUUGUGAGUGUACAGUCGAUGCUGCUCGCCCUUUACCCACAACGUUGGCUGCCAUAUCGGUAUCUCGGCCCGUUCCUACGAAACUGGUGGGACUCGGAAGAAGCUCUACGCGCUAUGUCUAACACUGGAGCAAAGCAGACAGUACGGAGAAGGGUUUUAGUUAUUUCAGCUGAAAACGACGAGCUGGUUCCUCCCGAACAGGGUGAUUUUAUAGAAGACUUAUGCAUUGAACAAGGGAUGGACGUUUCUCGAACAAGGGUUCGGGGUGCAUUACACACUGAAGCUACGUUUCGGGGUGGCGGGAGGAACGCAGUAGUGAGCUUUUUGAAGCAACUUUAA